AGAGAGCUCACCAGAUUGAUGAGGACUCCGUGCCUUGAACUGAGGAGUAUGAUCAUCUUCACUAUCUGACCCGAGAGUAAAAGACUAAUAAGCCAACAAAAGAAAGAAGAGGUGCCCCAUUGCAAAACAUGCCCAGGAUGGGUGACCGCUCACACAGCUCCCCACACCAGUGUGGUCUCUGUCGGGAGUCAUGGCCCCUGCAUUUUCAAGAUGGGACUGCGGAAUCCAUGGUUUCACCUCCUUCCUUCGACUGUGUCCUGCUGUGGCUGCUGCUACUCACAGGGUCUUUGGAAGGGGUAUACAUAGCUGAAGUGGGUCAGAAUGCUGAUCUGCCCUGCACCUAUACUCCCACCCCUUCUGAGGAUCCUGUGCCUGUCUGCUGGGGCAGGGGAUCCUGUCCAGUGUUCGAAUGUCAUAGUAUGGUGCUCAGCACAGACGGAAGGAACUUGAAAUAUCAGACAUCCAACAGAUACCAGCUGAAGAGGAGUAUCCACAAAGGAGAUGUGUCCUUGACUAUAGAGAACGUGACUCUAGCUGACAGUGGGAUUUAUUGCUGCCGGAUCCAGUUCCCAGGCCCAAUGAAUGAUAAAAAAUUAAACCUGGAGUUGGUCAUCAAACCUGCCAAGGUCACCUCUGCUCGGACUCCAUGGACAGACUUCACCGCAGCCUUUCCACGGAUGCUCACUACCAAGGGACGUGGUGCAGAGACACAGACACUGGAGGGUCUCCAUGACGGAGAACACACUCAAAUACCCACGUGGACUAAUGAGUUACAAGACGCUGGUGCGACCACCAGGAUGGGAGUCUACAUUGGAGCAGGGGUCUCCGCUGGGCUGGCUCUCCUCCUUAUCACUGGUGCUUUAAUUCUCACAUGGUAUUCUUAUAGCAAAGAGAAGUUACAGAACUCAAGCCUCCUCACUUUGGGCAGCCCCCCUCCCUUGGGGUUAGCAAACACAGGAGCAGAAGGAAUGCGCUCGCAGGAAAACAUCUAUGUCAUCGAGGAGAACAUAUAUGAAAUGGAAGAUCCAUAUGAACACUACUGCUAUGUCAACAACGAGCAGCAAUCCUGACAACCUAGAGGUUUAACCCUUUAAGUGCCACCAGAUCCCACGACGUCAUUUUUGAGCAUAGUGUCAUCUUUGAAAACUAUGAAAUGUGUCACGUGAUUGGUUUUAGAGACUCUGUCCAUGGCCACCGAGCAGAGUUUUUACACUUUCUGAUGAUAAUUAGCUCCCAGAGGGAGGGAACGGUGACCUGCCCUGCAGUUGGCACAACAUGACUUCUGUGUUUCAGACAUCAGGGCUACCCAACUCAAAGACUACUAAUUGGGACAUUAGAGCUCAAAUGGGCUUUUAUAUAGAGUAGGAAUUUUUAAUAUGCAGUCCCCGAAAUGCCAGGAAAUUCAGUCACAUGAUGGAUCCACAAAGCUCCUGAAAAUAUAGGGAAAAUUAUGUGCUGAGAUACGUGCAUGUCUUUUUGGGGACAGAAAGACAAGGGGCCGCUGAUUUUCAAAGAGAUCUGUGAUCUAUAAAAAGUUAAGAAGCUACUGGAGGAGGAGAGAGUCUCGAAUGUUCUCUCUGAGUCUCAGGACUAGUGCUUCUCUGAAUAUUGAUUCUUUAACAGUAAGUGCCACUGCAGAGCUCUCCUUUGCCAGUUAGGUGGACUGCCCAGCAGGUCCUGUGGUGUGGCAGGAGUUCCCAGAGAAAAAGGAAGUGUGCCUCCUGUGUGUUGCCAAGUUUUGUCUGGGGCGCAUUCAACGGGAAACAUCUCCCAGCAACUUCUCCAUUCAUGGAGAGAACUGGAGCUCUGUUUUUAUAGAAGAAGAAGCAGUGACUGGGACACAUUCUGGUGGAAAGAAGGCAAAGGGCUCCAACAAUCUAUAACAGCAUCAAGUUCUUUGAGAGAAAGACUGUGGUUCUUAAGCUUCAAUUUCAAGGUGGUAGCGACUUGGUUUAUUUUGCCUAUUUUUUACCUGCCCAGUGCCUGACAAGCUCUCACACCUCACAGCAAUUUACUAAACAUCUUUGGAGUGAAAAAAACCUAAGAAAGGUAGCCUUCUGCAAAGUCUUUUCCAUUGCAGGGCGUAUAUAGAG